AUGGCGCGCUUCCAGCUUUUCUCAUUAAUUUUCUUCCUCGUAGGACUAUGUUCUUCGACCCCAACCCCUCGCCGUGUUGCCAGACAAGUAGCGUCGGAAACUACAGACAAUCCUACCAUCUGUGGUGACAUAAUCGAUUUGGUCAACGAAGGAAACCUCUUCUUCUAUGCUUCAGAUGCCUUUGCAUGUUUGACGAGUGUUCCUUUCAACCAAGCCGUUGCUGUCCGCUUCAUCGACUAUUACAACACGACCAUUCAGUUUCAGAGCACUCUAUCGUAUCUCAAAAACCCACCUGUGGGCUACCAACAACCUGCAGUGGACUUUGAGGGUGAACUUCAAAAGAUCAAGGCAAAUGCUACAGCUGGCGUUUACAAGAACCAAUAUGCCUUUGAGGCAGACUUGCUCAAGUUGGUAUACUCGACUCACGACGCGCAUGUCAGCCUUUCAGCUGGCAUCAUGUCUUCAUUCUCUUUCGCUAGUAUCUACGACCUUGUCACUGCUUCCAAGGAUGGAUCAAGCACACCAGAAAUAUACAUUUUCGACGACGUAUACGAACGGCAACAGACCGGCAUCGAAAUCUCGCCCGUCACCCAACUCAACGGAGUCGAUGUCGUCGAGUUUCUGACGCGCUUUGGAGCACUCAACUCGGUCGGGUUGCUCGAGCCGCACGCCGACUGGAACCAGCUCAUGUACAACCCGGUACAAACGGUGCUGAACCAAUACACGAGCUUUUCCGGAGGCGCAACUUUCUACGAGGGCCCGUUGCUCAACUUUACCUUUGCCAAUGGCUCCACCCUGUCGACGCCUUGGGUCGCCAUCUACACCAACACUGACUUUACGGGUCCUCUGACCACGGGCGGCGACUACUUCAACUACUUUGUGCUCGGUCUUGUGCCGCCUUCCAUUGACGAGGUUCCGCUUCCACCCAUGUGGAACUCGACUGGCGACUCGGAUGACACUUCGAUAGUUGCUACCCGCAGUUUUGAACACGGAUGGGACAAUAUCACGGGCGGCGAAUACCCCGCGGCAGACGUGAUCCAAGAUGAUCUCGAGGGCUCCGGUUGGUUUACUGCAUAUUUCCUGGAUGACAUCUCAACGGCCGUUCUCAGCAUCCCUUCCUUUGACGAGGCCGGGUUCGCAGUUACCAAUUUCAGCGCCGCAGUCGAAAAGGCUCUGCAACAAGCUCAGGAACAAAACUUGACCCGGCUCGUCAUCGAUCUGCAGGGUAAUCAGGGAGGCACGCCAUUGCUGGCCUUUUCGACCUUUCGGACAAUCUUCCCCGGCAUCGAGCCCUUUGCUGGGAGCCGACGCCGCAGCCACGAGCUGGCCGACGCACUCGGCCAAGUCAAGACGAGCUACUGGGCAGACAUCUUGGCGGGAGCUGACGAUCCCGAUGACAUGCUCGAGUACAUGGCCGCUGAUGAGUGGGUCGUCAUUGAUCGGUUGAAUGCCGCCACGGGCAAGAACUUUUCUUCGUGGGCAGAGUACUAUGGGCCGCUGUCAGAGAAUGGUGAUUUGUUUUCUCUGGUUGAACAAUACGACCUUGCCAACAUGAACUUUGAUAAUGCCGCCUUUGACGGCUUCUACUCGCCACUGUAUAUCCCUGGCGGCGAGCCUGACGGGCCGGGAUACUGGAAGGCCGAGGAUGUAGUCAUCCUCACAGACGGCUUGUGCUCAUCUACCUGCAGUCUCUUUGUCGAGAUGAUGACGCAUCAAGCCAAAGCCCGCACGAUUGUUGUCGGCGGAAGGCCCCAGACGGGCCCAAUGCAAUCAGUCGGUGGAAGCAGAGGUGCUCGCGCGUACGAUACAUUCUUGCUCGAUGAAGACUUUACAGACGCCAUCACAUUCGAUGAUGCCGCCGCGACUUCUCUGCCUAACCGUACCGACACUGGAAUGUACAUCACGGAAGCAGGAUUCAACCUUCGCGACCAAGUGCGCAGCGCCACCGACCCCAUCGGCCCGCCACUUCAGUUUGACUAUCUGGCAGCCGAUUGCAGACUGUACUUUACCCUUGACAACGUCCUCAACAUGACGGCUCUGUGGCGCGACGUCGCGACAGCCGCCUGGCAAGACACGUCCCGCUGCGUCAAGGAUUCGACCGGCUAUACGACCACAAGCGCAGACGGCUCCGCCAUGAUCCCGAAGCCGCCGCCACAGACCACGGCCGUCACGGCAGAUAUCCCCGCCAUCGGAUACCUCUUUGACGCAGAUCCCACGCCCGACGACUCAUCCGACGACGCCAUUCCCAUGGUGGACGGCCAGGUCCGGGCCAAGCGCUCUGCGCCCGUGGUCCCUUGCGACCCCGAGGACCCCAAGGAGUGCGUGACGGGAGUGUCAACCUGCCAGCCGAUCCAGGUCAGCUGUGCCAAUGGCAAGACGUCGGCCACAACCCAUGCCUGCGUCAAGGUCUGCAAUGUCGGACAGAGCAACUGUGGAAGUGAUGCGCCCGUGUGCAACCAAAAGAUCUUUCACGAGAGCAAGGAGACAAAGAGUCUACUCUCGCCCAAGAAGGAUGGAAUCACGGGGAAACAGGUAGCCCGUGGUUUCUGUGUCCCGAGACAAGGAAAUACCAAGCUUGGCUGUUCAGCUAAAUAG